GUCAAGCACUUUCACAGUUCUUAACUGAUACAGACUCUGGGGUCAACUGGCCACAUAUCAAGGACUUAAUUUUGUCACUCAUCAACCACACUAUGCAUAGGGUUUUUGAGAUACCACAGGCUACUUUCGGGGCAGAUCCCUUUGGCAGCAUGGAAGCUCUCGAAUUUUUAGAGCAGCAUAAAGAAAUAAUACUCCAAAGUGAUGUUCCAACCUGCAGACACCUGCCACCAACACCACUUGACCUGAUCCAAGCUGCACUGCUAGUUCAUCAGCAACUAAUCCAUAUGAAAGAAGAAGAGAUGAUGAAAGUAAAAGAAAUGAAGCUCCUAGAUCAGAAACCAAGGAGGUACUGGGAAGGAAGAGGUUCCAGGAUAAAGAGGAAGUUCAAGAUCAAGGCUGUGUCUUAUUACCCACCUUGAGGGCAAGGUGGUUAAUUAGGGGGGGAGUAAUGUUAGGAAUCUGCUUAUUGAGUAUUUUAAUAGGGUAUUUGAAAGAAGAAAUAAAAUGGGCCGAGGUCAAUUAAGUGGGCUGGGGUCAUUAUAUGUUAGUCCCUGCGUGGACCUACUACUAUAAAUAGUAAGUUGGGUAGCUAAUAAUAGGUAGACUGUUAUUUUGAUUAUC